AUUCUACAGCACCACGAUGAUAUAAAAAACAGAAUGAAAAAAAAUAUGAAUAUCUUUAUUCUUUAAGUGUAUUGUAUUUGUAAUGACACAUCCAGGCUAUAAUCGUUUUGCCUCCAGACUGGAUGCCGGACGAGUGUUGGGACAACGUGACGGAGCUGGACAAGCUGCCCGGCUUCCACGGCGUCAUCGACGCGUUCGAGGUGUUCAGCAAGGAGUGGCGCGAGUGGUACCUCAACCCUGAGCCUGAGCUGCAGCCGCUCAUUGGUGAUUGGAACGACAUCUGCAACGACUUCCAGCGCAUCCUGUUCGUUCGGUCGCUGCGCGUGGACCGCGUGUCCGCCUGCAUCACCACCUUCAUUAUCAACGUCCUCGGCCCGCGGUACGUGGAGCCGCCCGUGCUCGACAUCAAGGCUGCUUGGGAAGAGUCCUCUUGGAAGACGUCUCUUCUUUUCGUGCUAUCGCCUGGGGUCGACCCCACUGCGUCUCUCAUUCAGCUGGCCGUCGACGUGAAGAUGUUUGAUAAGUUCCAGUCGCUCAGUCUUGGGCAAGGACAAGCGCCUACGGCGGCUAGGAUGCUAGCCCACGGUAUGAAGGAAGGUGGUUGGGUGUUCCUGGCCAACUGCCACCUGGCGUGUGAGUGGCUCGGGUCGCUGCGAGGACUGGAUAAUCCUAAGAUCCAUCCGCGGUUCCGGCUCUGGCUUACCUCCAUGCCGGAUGAUAAAUUUCCUCUCAACAUACUGCAGAGGAGUAUCAAGAUGACCACGGAACCGCCGCAGGGUCUGAAAGGUAAUAUGGUGCGCAUAUUCGCGAACAUAAACGAGGACAAGUUCGACGAGGCGACGCCCAAGUAUCGCCGGCUGCUGUUCUGCGUGUCGUUCUUCCACUGCACGCUCAUCGCCAGGAAGCGAUUCCGACAGCUCGGCUACAACGCCGUGUAUAGCUUCAACGAUGCUGAUUUUGACGUAUCAGACAACCUCCUAGCGAACUAUCUGGAAGAGUACGAGGAGGUCCCGUGGGACGCGCUGCGGUACCUGUUCGCGAUCAUCAACUACGGCGGCCACAUCACCGACGACUGGGACAAGCGCGUGCUCAUCGCGUACAUCAACCAGUUCUUCUGCGAGGAGGCGCUCGACACACCCUUCUAUAGGUACCAGUUUUGUUACUGGUGGUGGAUCAUAUUAUGUGCCUGAUAUGGCGAU